GAGUUGUUUUUAUGUAGGGUAAUAAAUGUGUUGAUGAAAAAGCUAACGUGACCAGAAUUUGUGUAAAAACUUUACUAAAUAUAUAUUAUAUAAUCCAUAACGCAACUAUGAGCUGACUGCGAUUAGACCUCCAUGUCCAUAGGUGGCGCAAUGUGUCUUUGUGCUUCCUUACAAGAAACCGGUGUGGUACUUCCGCCACACAUGUAACCCAAGUGACCUCAGGUUUCAGUGCGUGCGCUCUGGGUCUAAAUCGUUGUGAGCCAGUGAAACGUACCUUUAACAACAGCCGCUUAGUCUGUACACAGUUAUAACCAAAACUUAGUUAAAACUCUCUUUUAAAUGGCUACAAUUCAGGAGCUCUCUCCAGACUCGGGCCGUGUGGAGACUCGACCCCCUGAAGGCGAGAUCGAGGGAGAUGAUGAAGAUGAAGAGCUGGAUGAAACGUUGCUGGAGAGGCUGUGGGGACUUACUGAGAUGUUUCCAGAUUCAAUGCGAUCAGCAGCUGAAGUAUCUGCACAAUGUUCGCUGUCUGUAGCAAAAAAACUUUACAGUUUCUCUCGCUCAGCUCUAUGGGUUGGUACAACUUCCUUUAUGAUUCUGGUUCUGCCGGUUGUCUUUGAGACCGAGAGGUUACAGCUGGAACAACAACAAUUACAACAACAGAGACAGAUUUUGCUGGGUCCAAAUGCUGGCAUGUCUGGGGGAAUGGCUGGAAUGAUGCCUCCUGCUCCUGGAAAGCUGUGAUGACGUAUAUAAUGUAACAUAAAUGAGUUGUACAACAUUAAUUUGUUUGGAGACCUGUAGAAGAAAGGAAAAGAGAGAGGGAGGAGAAACUGGAGAAAAGAUGAUGAAGUGGUUGGUCAACAUGAAGUCAUUACCUUGAAAGUGUUGUGUGUUCAAAGGAGAGCUUGAUGACUUUACAUGAACUUCCCUCUUUCUUUGCCUUUCUCACAAAAAACAUCCUAUAUAGACUAACAUCCAAGCUCUGACCUUUUACAUAAUUUUUUUUUAUAGUUAUCUGAUAAUGUGUCUUUCAGAGAGAGACGAUAUCAGCUGUUUGAGAGUAUUUUGACUGUGUUGUAGAUGCAUUGUAUUUCCAAAGGACUGUUCAGUUUAUGACGCAACGUUGGCCAUUGUAACACACUGUAUCAAUGCUUAAGUUGUAGAGAAUAUUGGACAUAAUUUAAAAGAUCUCCAAUUUUUUUUUUUUUUUACGAGGGCACAUCUAGCCCUGUGUUGAUUGUGAAAUUAUCUCUGUCUACAGAUUAUGGUGGUUUCUUAUUUGUUGAUUCAGAAAUGUUACAUCUUUGGAAGUAGCUAUUUACCAACAGUGUCUUUUACAGAUAGAACUAACAUCAUGCAAAGCUUCUAAAAUGUGACUCCUGAGAUAAAAGCCAUAGUGUGCAGAAUCAUUGUGAAAUACAUUACAGAAAUACUGUUGUUUCAAAACAUACUGUCAAUGUGACAUUCAAAUUGAGUCAUCAAUGGCAUCAGGAAUAAAAACAAGUCCAUCUCUG